UUUCUGCUGGGCCCCAUGUCCCCCCAGGUCCCAGGUACCACCAUGUUGCCUGCCCUGUGAGGCAGGAUGGGCAGAGCUGGGAAGGACCACAUGGGAGGAGUAGGGGUUAGCUUAUCCAGGGGCUGGACCAGGGACAGGAGGGAUAAUGAGACAUCAAUCCCAGGGGUGCCUGUGGUCAGGUGACUUGCUACCAGGAAGCAUUUACCUGAGGCUACACCCCCUGGAGGUGGGGGUCCUCCUCUGUCGCAGUUGGGAGGUCUCUGCUUUCGUGUCUAGUUGUCUGGUCUCUGCUUUCAUGUCUAGUUGACUGAGAAGGGGAGCUUGCAGGGGGCAAGGCACCCCAACCAUGCACUGGCCUUGCACCUCAGGCUCCUCUCAUGGAUGAAGGGGUCUUUGAAGACUUUUGGGUGCGGGGCAUGGACACCUCAAGCCAUGUGCAUUGGAGGCGCCCAGAGAAACACAACUAAAAGCCAGGUUGGAGAAACAGGUCUAGGGGGCCAAGUAAGAGUGUACGGGCCUUGGUGCUGCCUGAGUCCUGGACAGGGAGGAUGAGAUGUCUGCCAAGGCGGCAAUCUUGUUUCUGGGCCAAACUGGAAACUGAGAAAGACCCCGCCAUCUGCCCACCACCCAAUCACCCCCAACAGACAAAACAGCUAGCCCACACUGAUGCCCCAGAGCCCCGGUCUCCAGGCCAGCGCUGCCCCUGUCAUCCAUUUUUUUCUUUUCUUUUUUUUUUUUUUUUUUGGCCAUGCCAUGUGGCUUGUGGGAUCUUAGUUCCCUGACCAGACAUUGAACCCGGGCCCCCGGCAGUGAAAGUGCAGAGUCCUAAUCAUUGGACCACCAGGGAAUUCCCUGUCAUCCAUCCUUUCUGCUUCUCCAGACCAGAAGCCAGGGAGCCCUCAGUGACCACAGAUUCUCCGGACACCUCCACAGCCCUGUACCCACUCAGCUGAGGCAGAGCCAGCACCAGCUCAGACACAAGGACGGAGCCCUUGAACUGCUGGGUUCCUUCCAGGGAGGUGGAGGAGAAAUCCAUCUGCUGGGGCCUGAGCGUGGCCUGGGGGCCAGGCCAUCGGUCCCAGAAUGCCCCUGCCCGAGCCCAGUGAGCAGGAGGGCGAGAGCGUGAAGGCCGGCCAGGAGCCCUCCCCUGAGUCCCCUGAGCCGGGCACAGAUGUCGUCCCCGCAGCCCCCAGGAAGCCCAGAAAGUUCUCCAAACUGGUGCUGCUGACAGCCUCCAAGGACAGUGCCAAAGUGGCGGGGGCCAAGCGCAAAGGAGUGCACUGCAUCAUGUCCCUGGGGGUGCCCGGCCCCGCCACCCUUGCCAAAGCCCUCCUCAAGAUCCAUCCCGAGGCUCAGCGGGCCAUCGAGGCCGCCCCCCAGGAGCCUGAGCAAAAACGCAGCAAGCUGGACACAGACCUGUCCACGGCCCUCCCCACCUCCUGCCCCGUCCUGGGCCAGGCAGCGGGGAGGGAGCAGCAGCUUCCUGAUGCUCAGCCCAGAUUUGGCCCAAAGUUUCCUGGAAACAGCCUCUGUGUCCCUGGGCCAGUGGCCUUUGGGACCAUGUCUCUGGAGUCAGCAAUCCCUGCCCCUGCUCUGGCAGCUGGGACCCCCAGGUUUGCCCCCCACCCCUUCCCCCUUUUCCUUUGACAACAGCCUGACCCAUCCCCUUCUCUUCCAGACGGAAAAGAAGAUGGAAGGUUGGCAGGACAGCCUGCCCCCAGUCCCUUGGUGGAUGGGGAGGAGUCCACCAUGGGCCCCAUCGUGUCCAGGGAGGACCCGUAGCCCUGACAACUGAGGGUGCAUCCUGGCUGGGUCAGUGAACUUGGCUGCAACUUCUACACGUUCCACUGGGCUUCUGCCUGCGGCCCAGCCGCUGACUGAUUUUCACUUUCAACGUUGUAAUCUUUUUCUGAUCAAGCAUAAUUUACUUUUGUAAGCAGAAAAAAAAAUUAAAAAGAGAAUAAAAGAAGCUGUACACUAGA